AUGGAGGGAGAAAUAGCAAAAUUAGGGCUCAGAGGCAAGAGAAUUCCCACCGGUAAGAGCAGCUACGAUAACAGUCUCCGAUCGUCGCUUCUCUCAAGUCAACUCGGCAGUGACGGAGGUCUGAACACUCUCCGGCCAUCGGAGUUGCAGAUGAUGAUGAUGACGUCACGCUCUGAUCACUCCAACUUCCUCAAGGACCUGCACCACCGUCAAGACGUCAUGGACCGCCAGCACGCCGUGCUUACUUUCCUGGAAAAAGCAGCCGAGGAAGCGCAAUCUCUUCGCGAAGAAAACAUCGGUCUCAAGAUGGUCAACUCUCGGUUGACUGGCGAACUGGCUUACCUGCGGAAGCCGCUUCUCAUUAUGCUGCGGCGGCGGUUGGGCAUUCGGAGCAUGGGCUUGGUUGGGGAGAAAAGAGAACUUGGUUCGAAUCCGGACCGUGUUACAUUGCCCAAGAGUAUCUCCAUUCGGUCCAAUGGGUACCUGAAAACUGCUCAACCUGGUGGAAGCAGUGGACUGAAAGCAAAUAAGCAAAGGGUAUAUGUUCCAGGAGGAGAAACAGAGGAGGAACCACUAGAGGUGGAUGUGUACAAGCAGGGAAUGCGGAAGACUGAGCUGUGCAACAAAUGGCAAGAGACGGGGACAUGUCCAUAUGGGGAAAACUGCCAGUUUGCUCAUGGGAUCAAGGAGCUGCGACCCAUAAUUCGCCAUCCACGCUACAAGACUGAAGUGUGCCGCAUGGUUCUGGAUGGUGUUCACUGCCCCUAUGGACACAGGUGCCACUUCCGCCAUACUCUAACCGAUGAAGAGAAGCUCAAGAGGUCCAGGAACGUGAGGCCCCUGAAACCAGUUAACCGUUAG